AUGGCAUAUGCUCAUGCACAACAGGAUAGCGAUGAUUUUCAAGAUCGAGAAGAGAAAUAUCGUGAUGAUCCAUUGAAGGUGCUAAAGCGUUUCUUCGAUAGUGAAGGUUUCGACAUGGAAUUUGUAUACGAAGAAUCAGGCGCCGGCCAUACUCAUAAAUGGAUGUGCUCAAUUGAAUUGCCGGUAGAUACAGCGGCCGGUCAAUCGCUGUCAGCUUCAGCAACAACAUCGGGAAGCAAGAAAGAUGCUCAAACACUGUGCGCCCUCAAUGCAUGUCGUACUUUAGAUAUGCAUGGCGUAUUAUUCCGCUCAGCAAAUGAAGCCAGAAAAAAAGCGAAGAACCUUGCUGACAAUGAUUUCUACGAUUCCGAUGAAGACACUUAUUUGGAUAGAACUGGCCAAAUUGAGAAAAACCGUGAAAAUCGGCGUCUUCGGGCUUUGGUGAGUUGCAGUUGUUCGUUUUGUUGCUAUAUAUUUUGCAAAGCACUAACUCCUUUUUGA